CAGACAGACAACUUCUAUAGGGGACCUUCAGCUUCACAAGUAACACCAAGACCAUGCCUGGCACACAGAGAAAGAGCAUUGGUGGUGCUGCUCCUCCACAAGGCCUGAAGUUAAACAUUUCCAAACCUUCAAAGGCUGCGCUAAAGAAGAAGGAUGAGGAUGAUUCCACAGAGAUGGGGGAUGGAACAGAUGAAUGGACACAGCCCAAGACCCUCAUUAAACCACCGGACCAGCUGGAACUAACUGAGGCUGAAUUAAAAGAAGAAUUCACGCGUAUCCUGACAGCCAACAAUCCUCACGCUCCUCAGAACAUCGUCAGAUACAAUUUUAAAGAGCGGGCAUACAAGCCAAUAAGCAUGGUGGACCAGCUAGCUGUACACUUCUCCAUGGAUGGUAACAUGCUGCACAAGGAUUCAGAUGAAGCGCGCAGACAGAGGGCAAAGAUGGGUGUUAUAGAAGAGACCACAGCGAGCGAAAUGGCUGACGCAGGAACAGAUACAGAAAAAGAUGCUGCAUCUCCGGUGCCUGGUGAUGAUGGAGCAGAAGGAGAGGAGAUUGCCCCUAGGCACAAAAAGGAGGGGAAAUUGACCAACCAGUUUAAUUUCAGUGAACGAGCAUCACAGACGUUUAACAACCCCGUCAGGGAGAGGACAUCUCAGACUGAGCCUCCCCCUCGGGAAACAUUCUCAUCCACGGCCAACCAGUGGGAAAUCUAUGAUGCUUAUGUAGAGGAGCUGCAAAAGCAAGAAAAGCUGAAAGAAAAACAAAAAGCGCCGGUCACUAAAAAGGAAGAGGAAAGCCAGUCACGCAGGAAACUGCCCAUCACAGAAUCACAAAGCGAUGACAUCAGCAAGGUGUCCAAAUCAAGCAAAAUUGUAGAGCGAAUGGUGAAUCAGAACACAUUUGAUGACAUUACACAAGACUUUAAGUAUUUUGAGGAUGUGUCCGAUGAGUUCAGAGACCACGAUGGGACUUUGCUGCCGCUGUGGAAAUUUCAGUACGACAAAGCCAAACGCCUGGCUGUGACUGCCCUCUGCUGGAAUCCGAAGUAUAAGGACCUGUUUGCAGUGGGAUACGGUUCCUAUGACUUUGUGAAGCAGUCUCACGGGAUGUUGCUUCUCUUCAGCUUGAAGAAUCCCACUUUUCCAGAGUACAUGUUCAGUACGGAUAGUGGCAUCAUGUGCCUGGACCUUCACAAGGAGCACCCGUACCUGGUGGCCGUGGGAUUCUAUGAUGGUAACGUGGCUGUAUACAACAUGAAAGCUGAAACUCCCCAACCAAGCUUUAUGAGCUCAGCGAAAUCCGGCAAACACAUAGACCCCGUGUGGCAGGUCAAGUGGCAGAAGGACGAUAUGGACAAGAAUAUGAAUUUCUUCUCUGUAUCUUCUGAUGGGCGAGUGGUGUCCUGGACCUUAGUAAAGAAUGAGCUGAUUCACACGGACAUCAUCAAGCUGUCAGUAAAGGGUUCCAUGGGAAACGGAGUAGAGGGGCCCCAGCUGCACACACAUGGCAGUGGAACAUCCUUUGAUUUUCACCAUCAGAUUGACUACCUUUUCCUGGUUGGAACAGAGGAAGGAAAGAUUCAUAAGUGCUCAAAAGCUUAUUCAAGCCAGUUCUUGGACACAUUUGAUGGGCACAACAUGGCGGUGGACGCAGUGCGCUGGAAUUCAUUCCAUCCCAAGGUUUUUAUCACUUGCAGCUCAGACUGGACAGUUAAGAUUUGGGAACAUACGGUGAAGACUCCCCUGUUUGUUUUUGACCUGAACUCAGCUGUAGGAGAUGUUGCGUGGGCUCCAUAUUCGUCUACGGUGUUUGCUGCUGUGACCACUGAUGGAAAGGUUCAUGUAUUUGAUCUGUCUGUUAAUAAGUAUGAAGCAAUCUGCCAGCAGGCUGUUGUAGCCAAGAAGAAAACAAAACUUACCCAUAUCGAGUUUAACCCUGUCUACCCCAUUAUCAUCGUUGGGGAUGACCGUGGACAUGUGAUCAGCUUAAAGUUAUCUCCCAACCUCCGUAAAAUGCCAAAGGAGAAGAAAGGACAAGAGGUUCAGAAAGGUCCAGAAGUGGAAGUGGCCAAACUGGACAAAAUAAUCUCCCUUGUGAGAGAACCAGACAGCAAACAAGCUAAAUAAUGAACCAGCCGCCUUCUUUCUUUCCUUUUAUUGUAAAACUCACCUUUACCAUAUUCUCUGAUGUGAAAUGAUCAUUACAUAGUUUUACAGGCCCAUAAUAAAUACAUAUAUUUUUUAAAUACAAAAA